AUGGACUUCGAGGCAAAUGAAGACGUCAACGGGGUACGUUUGUCAUGGAACGUACUCCCAGGAUCAAGAACUGAAGCAAACAGAACAGUCGUCCCAAUCGGUGCUUUAUAUACUCCAUUAAAACAAACUACAAAUUUAAGUCUUGCUAAUUAUGAUCCAAUUGUUUGUGCUAAUAAUCAAUGUAAAGCCAUCUUGAAUCCUUAUUGUUCAUUGGAUACAAGAUCAAGAUUAUGGAUUUGUCCUAUUUGUACUGGUAGAAAUGCUCUACCAAAUCAUUAUCAAACAAUUACACCAGAAAAUUUACCAUUAGAAUUAAGUCCUGAUGCAACUACAAUUGAAUAUAUCUUAUCAAGACCAGUACAACAUCCUCCUGUUUUCGUGUUUGUUAUUGAUUUAUGUCAAGAUGAAGAUAAUUUAGAAGCCUUAAAGGAAACUUUAAUAAUUUCUUUAAGUUUAUUACCUCCAAAUGCUCUUGUUACUUUAAUAACAUUUGGUACUACAGUUAAUUUACAUGAUUUAAAUUCUCCAUUCCCAAAAACUACUGUGUUUAGAGGUAAUAGAGAUUAUACAUUUGAACAAGUUUCUGAUUUAUUAAAUAAAGAUUUUAAAAGAUUUUUUGCAGUUUUACAAAAUGUUGAAUUUCAAUUAACUUCAAUCUUGGAAAAUUUGAAAAAAGAUCCAUGGCCAGUUGGAUCUGGUAAAAGAGCUUUAAGAUCAACUGGUGCUGCAUUAUCAAUUGGUAUUAAUUUAUUAGAAUCUACUUUUAAAGGUUUUGGUUCAAGAUUAUUAUUAUUCUCUGCAGGUCCAACUACUUUAAACCCAGGUUUAAUUGUUGGUAAUGAAUUAAAAGAACCAAUUAGAUCUCAUAAUGAUGUUGAUAAAGAUGCUGCAAAACAUUAUAAAAAAGCUAUUAAAUUUUAUGAUUCCCUUGCUGAAAAAGCUUCAAUUAAUGGUCAUGCUAUUGAUAUUUUUGCAGGUUGUUAUGAUCAAAUUGGUAUUAGUGAAAUGCAAUCAUUAUCAAAUAAGACUGGUGGUGUCUUAUUAUUAUCAGAUGCUUUCACAACUUCUAUUUUCAAACAAUCAUUCUUAAGAUUAUUUGCUAAAGAUGAAGAAGGUUAUUUAUUAAUGGGAUUUAGAGGUCAAUUAGAUGUUAAAACUUCAUUAGAAUUAAAAGUUUCUGGAUUAAUUGGUCAUGCAUCAUCUUUAAAAGCUUCAGGUCCAAAUGUUGCAGAUACAGAAAUUGGUAUUGGUGGUACAAAUAGUUGGUCAAUGAGUUCAUUAACACCAAAUCAUUCAUAUGCAGUUUUUUUCGAAUUAGCAAAUCAAAUUAAUUCAAAACAAGCUUAUAUACAAUUUGUUACACAUUAUCAACAUGCUUCAGGUACUUAUAGAACCAGAGUUACUACUUUAUUAAAUCCAUUAGCAACACCUGGUGUAUCUGAUAUUUCAACAACAUUUGAUCAAGAAGCAGCAGCAGUAUUAAUGUCAAGAAUUGCAGUUUUCAAAGCUGAACAAGAUGAUAGUGCAGAUGUUUUAAGAUGGAUUGAUAGAAUGUUGAUUAAAGUUUGUUCUAAAUUUGGUGAUUAUUUAAAAGAUGAUCCAAAUUCAUUUAGAUUAUCACCAGUUUUUUCAUUAUAUCCACAAUUUAUGUUUUAUUUAAGAAGAUCACAAUUUUUACAAGUGUUCAAUAAUUCACCUGAUGAAACUGCAUUUUAUAGACAUGUCUUGACUAGAGAAGAUACAAUGAAUUCUUUAAUUAUGAUUCAACCAACUUUAACUUCAUUCUCUAUGGAAGGUGAACCAGAACCUGUCUUAUUAGAUUCUAUUUCAAUUAGACCAGAUCGUGUCUUAUUAUUAGAUACUUUUUUCCAUUUAUUAAUUUAUCAUGGUGAAACAAUUGCAGCAUGGAGAAAUGCUGGAUAUCAAGAUGAUCCAGAAUAUGCUUCAUUUAAAGAAUUAUUAGAUGAACCUAAAAAAGAAGCUGCAGAAUUAUUAGUUGAUAGAUUCCCAUUACCAAGAUUUAUUGAUACUGAAGAAGGUGGAUCUCAAGCAAGAUUCUUAUAUUCAAGAUUAAAUCCAUCUUCAAGUUAUAAUGAUGGUGCAAGUGCUGGAGGUGGUGUUGUUUUAACUGAUGAUGUUAAUUUACAAACUUUUAUGGAUCAUUUACAAAAAUUAGCAGUUGCAAAUAAUAACUAG